AUGGACACAAGAAAUCCGUCUCCCCCGCCUGGUGUUGAUUCUACCCAAGAACAAAACGAUCAGAUCGGCAACAGCGCCUACAGUAAAAGAUGGCUUUAUUCGCUCAUUCUGCAAGUUCUUACUAAAAUAAGCGAGUCCGAAGAAGGUUCAUUUGCAACAGAGGAAGAAUUGGAGUCGCCUUUAGAAGAGGAACUUUGCUGCCUAUGGGACAUAACUACUGAUCAAGCAUUGCUGUCCCACUUACGUCAUUUCCAACUGGUUCCCGUAUUCACGGAGUGCAUUCACAAAAGCAAAUGUCCACGCCUAAUUGAAAUUUCUCUUGGCGUUCUCGCGAAUUUGUCUUUGGACGAAGAACAAUGCGGUAUAUUGUCAGAAGAACAAAGUUUUAUGGUGGAUGCUUUAAAUCUUCUUGUGAUCGACGAUACUCGAAUACUCAUCGAACUGUUCAGGCUCUUGCGUUCCGUUCUUGCCUCAAGAUUACACCGGCAAGUUUGGUUAGACGCCAUUCAUUUCGCCCUCGAAUUCAUCGAUCGGGUCAACUUUAUCUUGUGUAGUUCAACCAAUGCAUCUCUUCUUAUGAACACUAUUAGUGCUAUAGAAACAAUCCUUCGAAUUGAUGACAGCUUGUGUGAGCUUUGGUGCAAUGAAAGCUUGCUCGGUUCAUUGCAAGAAGCCCAAAAACAAAUGUGCUGGAUCCAUGGAAACGAAGUGGAGAUCAUUUACCGACUUCUGUACCUUUAUUCUACUAACUCCACCGGGGUUCGAACUCUUAACAAGGAUAUCCUCCCGUGCCUAUUUCAAAUAUCCUUUGGAUGUGUAAGUCGAAGCUUCAUUUCAGGCGAUCUUUCUUUGGAUGAUCUCUGGAAGGACUUAUCAGUCCUCUUCGGUGAUUUGAUUCAGCGUGUUCAUGAGUACAUUCAGGAUGGCGGUUAUGCGGAUAAGCCACCAGAAGACUCGGGUGGUCUGCUCUAUUGGCUGCAUGACAUUGAGGACGGUAACCAAGAUCUGCGUGAGGCUUUUGUUCGCUGUUGCUUGUGUCGACGCGCACCAGCAGGCGUUGCGGACGCAGAGGGUAAUGCCGCUGUCGAGGUCCUGCGUGGUCAUCUAGUCUUUGUUUGCCAACGACUCUGUCUUUCCAAGCUCCUUGAAUGUUCUACCACAGAUCACAGCUAA